UGGGUAAAUGACCUCCAACAGUUUUGAAUUUCAAAAAGCAUCUGUGGAGAAGUAAGGGCAUGAGUAUAAUGCUGCUCCCCAAGAUCCUGGGAUGUGUGUGGAUUUUGUGCCUUUUGUCCCCGGAAAUACACGGACAAUGCUCAAAGCCAGACCUCAGUGAUAACGUUGUAUUGGUUGGUGCCACGUUUGAAGAAGGUUCUUCUGAAAAGCUCAGUUGUGUCCCAGGGUAUGCGCCUCUAACAGGGCCGCCAAGAGUAACGUGUCAGGGCGGCAAGUGGAACCCAAAUCCACAGGACUUCACGUGCAAAAAAAAAUCCUGUGGUAACCCUGGGGAUUUGCGUAAUGGUAGAUAUGACCAGACAGGAGGAAUUGACUUUGGUUCUACUAUCACAGCCAUUUGCAAUGAGGGGUACCAGUUGUUUGGAAAAAGCAGCAGAUCAUGCUUGGCAGAUGGGACCUGGGAUGGUCAAGAGCCCCGUUGUGAAGCGGUGAAAUGCGGCCGUCCUCCAUCAAUCGAGAACGGCCAACUUGAGUCACCCCCAGAGGAACAGUAUGACCAUGGCAGUGUGGUGCGCUACGUCUGUAAUGAAGACUACACCUUAUUUGGAGAACGUGACUCAAUUUGCAAGAAUGGGGACUGGACUGAAGCUCCCAGAUGCAAAAAGGUGCAGUGCUCGAGGCCGGUCAUACCAAAUGCCAAACGUGUUCAGGGAGGAAGUGGUCCCUAUGGCUACAAGUCUACCCUCACGUACCAAUGCAACAAGGGAUUCGAGAUGGUAUCUGGUGAAGCCAGAAUAGUCUGUAUGGAGAAUGGUUGGUCUGUCAUGCCAAAAUGUGAAGCCGUCCAACCUGCCAAAACCACUCCACGGACACCAGUGAAGGAAACCACCCCAUCUAAAGCGGUGGGAUGUCCACAGCCAGGUAACACCAAUGCCAUCAUCUAUGAGGGGGCAGGUGGUCCCUAUGUGCCUGGUGCUAUCAUUAAGUACAAGUGCACCCACUGGUUUUGGGACCAACUGGUUGGCAGUCCUCAGUUGAAAUGUGGACCUGAUGGACAGUGGUCGAACGAACCUCCCACGUGUGAAGUUCGCUCGUGGUGGUGGUUGUGGAUAAUCGGUAUUGCUGUUGUUGUUGUCGUCGUCUUGUGUAUUGUAUGUUGGUGUUACAAGAAAAAGUCCAAAGAAGUCCACUAUGACGCAGGGGUUGUAGAGCUGAAUUCAAGGCCAGCGUCACAGUAAACACUCAGCCUUCAGUCAGUGGACAGCUCAAAACCGUCAGUAGUCGUUGAUCCUGAGCCAGCAGCAGGUUCCUGAUGGGUGUGUGUAAAUGACAGGAGAGCAGAGCUUCUGUAUGUGUGUGUCUCCCCUGCACCCCUCUUGUGUCCUUGGAAUAGAAAGUCCAGGCCAAUGAGAACUGGCUCCAUUCACAAGGUCAAGUUGACUCAUCAUCAACAUUCUAUGACCAGAGCUUGUAGCUUUUUAAUGACCUGUUGUACGUGGUCUGUAUGAAAAUCACUUGCACGACACUGGAGCUGCCAGCUUCUCCACACAGAUUUUCCUGCCUAUGAAGACAUGAUCUUCCAUUUCCUGUUACGUACAUUUGUUGGUGUCAAUGAAGUUCAUGAAAGCCUCCUUGUAAGUCUUAUCAAAUUCUGCCAGGAUAAAGUGCCUGUAAAAACAGAGCUCCCCAGCCUUUUCUCUGAAAUGAGGGACUGUUGAGCCAUGCACUGGUCUGUAUCAUGAAAUACUGUGCCUUUAAGUGUUCACAGAGCCUCAAGUACAGGUUAUUUAAUGCAUCAUGUAAUUGUUUGACAUAUAUGUCAGAAUGUAAAAUGAUGAAUGUUUGUACAUAUUUUUUUUUUUACUUUAAGUUUGAGUUUGUUUCUCUUGCCUAAUAAUGUACAGUCUGACCUUUUCUGAUUUUAAAGACAUCCUAUCUCAAUUUAUACAGGUAUGUCUGUUUCUGGAAGUAAAUGAUGUAAUAAUCUGUGUGCUUUUGUCUAGAAGGCAGAUUGUACAAUAUUUUGUCCUGUCCUUAGGUCACCAUUCUAGGACCAUUAUAGGUUAAAAGAAAAAAAAUACGGAGCUGGGGGAUGGGGAACCGGGGUAGAUCUCUGAAUUUCCAAGAUCAAAGUUGUACAUGCCAUGUUCUAUGCUGUUGACCUCCUUACUAUAAUGUACGUGUUGCAUUUCCUGUUGUGGCAUCUGUGGUGUGAUUAGGUUGAUCCAGCCUUGCAAAGUGAGGUGAACACUUUUUUCUGAGUUUUUUUCUCACACAAAUUGAUGACUUUUUAAUCUCAGAGAAUAUUUGAAAGUUUUUUUUUCUGAAAAUAUAAUCCCCCCCUUCCCCCAGUUUGGUAAUUUUCUUUUAAAACCUAAAAUGGCCCUAAUACCUGUACCAUCUUCUGUCUGGAUGUCGCACUGAUUGAGAGUAUAACUUCUCACUAAUUAAAGCAAAUUGCACUCUG